AAAAUCUCCUUGCCGGCCCAAAAAGUACAGGCCGGUAAUACCCGACGAUGUUUCACAUUCUUCAAUAUUACACUCUUAAUAGAAGUUCUCACACCGCCCAUCGCCGCCACUACCACCGCCGAUGAUCUAGGGUUUCGACAACCCCGGAUCAUUCUCCAAUAUGGACGAAAAAGGCGGCACAAUGACAAACCCUAAGACAAUACAAGAACUAGCAGUGGAAGGGCAAAAGCAUUUAGAAGACACAAUAGAAGCAGCACAUCAAAUUCUCUCCGCCAUGAACGACGAGCUUUGUAACCCUACACUCUGGUCUACUACAACAAAUACUGCUACUACUGCUAACGCCGUUAUGAAUAACGGUAACGGACAUCAGCAUUCAGUAAACGGGGACGUUUCGUCAGAUAAUUCUUCAUCUUCUUCUGCAUCGGCUCAACAACACUCGGAGAUUGGUGGCGGUGCACUUGAUGAGUCUCGUUUACGUUAUAAGUUAUCGGUUGCUUCAUUGCGUUCUGUUCUUACGGCGAUUUCUAAUUCUCAGAAGGCAAAAGCGUUGGAAGCUGCUUCUGCCAGUGGUUCAUUAUCUGCUGCAGAUCAAUCUGAAAUUGAGCAGCUGGAGGAUCGCGCUUCUACAUUAAAAAAGGAACUUGUAGACAAGAACAAACAUCUCAAGCUUCUGAUUGAUCAGUUUCGAGAUCUUCUUUCUGACCUAUCAACAUGGCAAAGUCCCUGUUCUACAUGACUCUGAUGCUAUAACUUCAAGCAGAUAGUUAAACAAGAGAGAUGUUGGAUGACAAAAGAACAGCGUUCAACUCUAGGAAACUGUUUUUUGUUGUACAGAGGUUACUACGUGAUCCAAAUACUUGGUUAUUGCCAAACACCUGUUAUUCUAUGCAACUUAAUGUUGCUCGCGGUGCUACUAUUCUCUCUGUUUAGAUGCUUGGGCUGAGAUGUGUAAGCAUGCAUACCUGAGGGAAGAGGGAAAGGAACAACAGGAAAAGGAGAAUGAUUUUGAUCUCACUUGUUAUGCGCUUAUUUAUUUUCGUGUACACUAUAAUUUUCCCCUAAGUCAAGUGAAAUAGUUUAAACUUAAAUAGAGUUCAACAUGGAGUGAAUCGAUCUCAAAGCUAUGCAUGUAUGCUUUCUUGAAUGAGGAAACUGAAAAAUGUUUAAUUAGUA